AUGCUCUAUAAAGACAAAAUGUGCUCCUUCCUAAUUGACGUGUAUUGGACAUAUCAGGUAAAUUUUUUUAUGCAAUUAUUGUACACAACGAUGUUCCAGGUAUGUCACGGUAGAUAUGCGAUGCAAUAUCACGAAGACAAGAUUAUGAGUUCACACAUUAGUAGAACUGAGUUCUACCUUGGAAACUUUGACUAUUCGAUAACUCUUAGUAAUGAAUUUGCGAAACCAAGAACACGGCGUAUCGAAAACGAAGAUUAUCCGUACUAUGCGGUGUCGUAUACACACGGAACAAACUGUGACGUGACUGGGAAACCGCGAAAUACAGAUGUUAUAUACAUAUGCGUCGAAAAAGUGCAACACAAAAUACUAUCUGUGACGGAAGUAUCAUCAUGCCAUUACGAGGUACCGUACCAUAGUAGUAGUUAUAUAUAGAUGAAAAAGCAGACAUGAGCACAAAUCAGUUAUUAUGCCGCGUCCAAAGUCACCAAAAUCUGCAAAAUCAGUAGUGAUUUCGCUGUCCAAAGCUCGCCGCAAUUCUACAGAAAAAAAGGGGUGCGCACAGCUGAAACGAGUGUCACCGUAUACCAUAAACUACGGUAUUUUUUGAAAAUUUACCCAAGAAAUUUGACUAAUUUCAAAUAUUCUCACGAAAUUUAAAAUUUUUCAAAAAAUACCGUAGUCUUAUGGUAUACGGUGACACUCGUUUCAGCUGUGCGCACCCCUUUUUUCUGUAGAAUUGUGGCGAUCUUGGGACAGCAAAACGCUACUGAUUUCGCAGAUUUUGGUGACUUUGAACGCGGAAUUACUAUUAUCCAGAUCGUUAUUAUGACGGACUUGCUCUGCAGUAAUCCAAAUUAUCAACUGUCGGAAAAAAAAGAUCACCAAAUUCACUGCUGGAACGAAGACUCUACCGAAGAAAAUGAAGCGAAGCCGAAAACUCUGCAGAGACUGGAUGAUUUCCACGAUUCCACGUUCAAAAGGUGAAAUGGUGACGAUGGUGGAUUGAAGCGAAUACAUUUACUUUCAGAGAAUAUACAACUAUCGACGUAGAAUCAGAAGACGAUGGAAAUGUUGUUGACGCUCUGGACUUGGAAAAACUUCGUGAUGAUCACCGGGAUAGCUACGUUCUCUCUGGUGAGAAAAGGUAUAUUAAACAGGCCCUUUGGAACCUAGACAUUAUAAGAAGGCCUGUCACUAAAAAUUAAGUGCUCAAGCUACUAAUACCAUUAGAUGGAGGGGUUGCAGUAAAAAUCACACUUGCAAAAAUUUCCGUUUUCGGGCCGGCUGCUAACUCGCUUCGAAAUCUAAGUUGUGAGUAGAACGACAUAUCAGAUUCUAGAUAUUCGCCAAUCCAAUUAGAAAAGUUAUCAGCCUAGUAACUAGUAACAGUAAAUUAACAAUCUAACUAGGUCCGGUUAGAAACGCGAAUUAGCUAGCUAGAUUAAAAACGAUUUGCCCUGAGGAGCUGGUAAUGUGGCGUGUUCUUCAAUGCGGAAACCCAGGCCGGGUCAGGAUCGAGUCGGCCCGUGCAAAAUCUGUCGGGAAGAGUAAUAUCAACAAUGUUUAUGUUACAGGUUUCAAACCAGGGAGUCUCUGGCUAAUAACCCAGCUGUAGUUCACCAUACUGUUAAUCGGAUUCUUACCGGGGAAGACUGUAUUGUCGGCGGAAUCGGAUGGUGGAAAUACGAGUUUUGUUACGGAAAACACGUCAUUCAAUUUCACGAGGAUACAAAUGGAAAUCGAGACGAUAUCCUACUCGGAUCGUUUGACAAGAUUAUCCACAUGGAAUGGGUUAAGCAGGACAAAAGGACAAGAGGUCCACAAAAGGCGACUAUCAAAAAAGUAUGCUCUAUUUCACAAACAUUUUGAAACCCAGUUUUUGUAAAACUAACCGCGGUCAAAAAAACGUAGUUUUUAAAAAGGCGCCGUUGCCGAUUUUGCGCCCUUUUGCUAGGAAACCGGGGUCGAAAAUCGAUUUUUGUUUUGCUACAAAAAACGUAUAAGUCGAGAAAACGACAGUGUCUCGUACUCGCGAGUUCCGCUCGUUCACGUCGUCACUUCACUGUCAUUAAUGCACGACACGUCCUAGGCAAGCUUGCAUUUUUCGCUGUUCUUUUUCGGUUCUUAAAAUAGAAAAAAAAAAUAAUUAAAGCACGGAUUAGAUCUAUUUAUUAAUACCUUUCCCGGUAUCCAACGGUUGGCGCAUCUUUUGUCAUUUGCUGCUCCGAAAGUUGAAUAUCUCUCAUUCCUGCAAUCUUUCGAGUAAAUGAGAGUAAAUGAGAGCAAGGCAAAAAAUGCUUGUAAACAAAUGAGAGAACACGCCUCAACACUUUUAAAAUUAAAUUUUUCCAGUUUGAGGGCGAUGAUCAACUUAUACAAGUUAUACAAGUGAACCAUCUAUAUUCAAAGGGCGACAUUUGCGAUGAAACUGGAGCGCACAGGUAAAUUUUCUGAUCCAUUAGAAAAAAGUAGUGAGAGACUACAGAGAUGUUGAAGUGAGGAUCCGAUGUGCCACUGCCGAACACAGCGCUCUCGCAUUUUCAAUGCUUCUUACGGAGCCUGCAACAUGCCAAUAUGUUCUUACGAUCGACAGCGAAAGGUUUGAAACCACCUAAUACGCAGCUAGUUAAAUUCGCACAGGUUCUGCGAACCGUUACAAUAUGCUGACGAUACAGGACUUGUGCAAAUUGCACGGACUCACGAAAACCGUGAUUUUCAAGAAAACGAUGGAGAAGUCGAACAUAAGGAAGAUGUUGAAGAUACGAAAAAGGACACUGAAGUGAUCGAAUAA